UUGACUUACUUUUGGAUCAGACCAAAUUACUUUGUUCAUCAUCUUUAGAAUAGAAUUUUCCAUUCCUAUGUAGGUACUAGCAAUUAGUAAAGGACUGCUUGACUGGUGUAAACAUCUAUACAAGUGCUCAACUAAAUCCUCUAAGCAGUUUAUAGAAUUUUCUCUUUAGAAGAAUCUUUCUUUUUUCUUACAAAAUAUGUACAAACUUUGAGCAAAUAUUUCCUCUUACCUAACUUUACCCACGCGCAGUUAGUACUACCAAUCCCACGUCUCUACAAAUACUCAAUCAGCAAUCACGUGCCACAACACGAGAAAUAUAGAGCGUGACAAUAUGUUCUUGCACGCGAGUGAGUAAGAAAGGAGAGAAAAAAUGUUUAAGAAAAGCACAAGAACAAAGAAAGUUCGAUUCAGGAAAGAAGAGAAAGACAGAGAAAGAGGGGAAGGUAGGUAUUGUCAAUUCUUGAUUCAGAAUUGUGAUUUUCUGGAGAAGAAUAUAUUGAAAUGCAGAGCGAUGGAAGAGAAAGCUACAUGAGUAUCAAGAAACAAGUUUGCUCUGGAAUUCUUGGAAGUUUCAACUUAUUGAAUUGGGAAUAAAGUUGUGGCUUUACUUGGAAUUACAGCGAGGUGUUCUUGCUGGAAAUGGAGAGUUUUUAUUAAGUAACAAUAGUUUUGAUGGUAUUUUAGGCAUGGAGUCUUAUUAGGGACUUGGGAUUUAUACUUUCUCGAGAUUGGGUUUUGGAGGGAGAUUUAGUUGAGAAUUUGGAUUUCUGUUGGAGACCUCACUCAGCCCUUUUAAAUCUAAUACUGUUACAAGUUGGGAUUUUGGAGAUUGGAUUUGAUUUGGCAACGCAAAUAUUACUAUUACAGGAAUUCAAUGUAGUUUCCAAGUAAGCUUUUUGGAGUUGGGAGGAAUAAACCCUAAUUUUAGUUGUGGAAUUGGGUUCUGGUCCUGACAUUCUCUGUUUUCAACCAGUAGGAACUAUAUAGUCUUUGCUUCUUUUGUAUGGGAUUUAUGUUCUGACAGAUAUGCAACCUCCACAUCAGCAUUCACGGAUCAAUCUUGCCGAAUUGAAAGCUCAAAUAGUGAGGAAACUCGGACCAGAUGGGUCGAAACAGUACUUCUAUUACUUAAAUAGGUUGCUAAGCUUGAAAAUAAGAAAGGGUGAGUUCAGUAAGAUUUGUCUUAGGAUCUUCGGGAGAGAUAACAUUGCACUGCACAAUCAGUUUAUCUGUUCUAUUUUGAAAAAUGCAUGUAAUGCAAAAGUUCCACCAUCAAGAGAUAAUAAGUUUUUGAAGCCUAAUAUAGUGCUUGGUAGUAAUGAGGCUUCAAAUGACUCUUAUGAGCAAAAUGGAUCACGCGUUUCCUUGAGACACUCUUCAAAUCAACCCGGUUUGUCAAAUGGGAACAUUCUGCCAUCAUCUCCACGAAAGGCCAGAACAGGCUUGCAUGGUCAUAGAGCUGGGGAUCUCCACAGUGCGCUUGGACCAAAUGAAAAAAGUAAUUUUACUUUUCAACAAUCAACGACAGAAUCGAGUGAUUUUGAUGUUACUAAGAAAAAUGGUGACUUGAAUCCCCUUGAUGGUUUGAUGGCUGUACAUCACAAUCCAGGACUCACACAACGAUCAGAGGAGGGAAGGGAGGCAUCAAGCCAAGAAGCAGCCAAACUUACUUUAACAAAGAGACCUGUUGAAGGUCCAGUUUCUGUACAUAACAAACAACAGGCUAGAGGUGAUGGGAAAGAGAUGCAUUCUAGGAGACAACUACAAGCUCCGUUUGGAGUUCCAUUCUACUCUGUUAGUGUAGGUGGAUCACAUAGAGUAUUAUCUUUGGCAACAGUUAGUAAAUGUAUUAGCUCUUCUCGUUUUGGUGCUUUAUUGGACACCAUGACAUUGAGGGAACGCAUGGAGCAGAUUGCUGCAGAACAGGGCCUCGAAGGGGUGGCAAAUGAUUGUGUCAAUCUUGUGAACAAUGGUUUAGAUUCUUACUUAAAAGGUUUAAUCAGAUCUUGUGUUCGACUUUUGGGUGCAAGGUGUGGGCAUGAGCCCGCUCAUAUCAGCAAAACGAAGCAGCCGACCUAUACGAAGUCUGUCAAUGGUCUCAGACCAGGCCAUCAUUUUCAGGUGAGUAGCGAUAGAUCUUCAGAAGUCAUGCAAGAACAGGUUCCGCACAGCCUUAUAUCACUGCAAGAUUUUAGAGUUGCGAUGGAGCUAAACCCACAGCAACUUGGCAAAGAUUGGCCAUUGCUCUUGGAGAAAGGAUGUGCUCGUAUCUGACGAAUAAAGCAUGUAUAGGGACUUUGUUGUCUUCCACUUGUGCUUGUAUUGGUCCCUGCUGAAUCAGAGGGUACCCGCCUUUCAAGGGUCUUUGUGCUGCCUGUGUUGUUAGUUCUCUUAUGGUCCUUUAACCAUUCAAUAACCGUUUAAGAUUGGAAUUUUCUCUUUGAAGAUGAUAGCAUAUUUAUUUCACCUGCUGCAGGGCUUAACCUUGGCCAGAAAACCCCCAUUUAUUUGCAACCACUGAAAGGGACUUGAAAAAGAGAAUCCCUGUUGGUUGCCCUGUUGUAUCAUUAGCAUAAUUACGUUUAAAUAUUUUCUGCAUUCGCAUGUAAUUUAUAGUCAAUGAGCCAAUUUAGAACAGUUUUGGAGGAAUAAUUGUAGCGUAGUGCUUCUGCAGAAAGAUGAAACUGAAUGAUGCAAGAGUUCAGUGAUGCAAGAGUUCAUGUGUAUUAAUGACAUGUUAAACAGAUUUUCACCAGUGGCUUAAUCAGCUCACAAUUUCCUUUCUUUUAAAUCACAGCUUGUAUGGUUGCUGUCCAAGUUUUGUUUUCUUACAUUGUUAAUGUUUACCCGAGCAACCACAUUAAUGCAGCUUAUUUCUCCUUUUUCUUGAUGCUCAA